UUUAGGUAACAUCCUACAGACAUUUAGGAAACACAAUGACGGAGACCAACCAACUGUAGAGACAAACGCAUCAGAAGAAACUAACAUGAUGAAGGGAUUUCUUCUGCUCAUCCUUUUACUGAUGGCAGGCUGUGAGGACUCGUCUGAACAGUCUGGAGAAGAUUCUGAAGUGAUAAGAUGCAGAGAAGGAUGGGUUGAAUUCACUUGCAAAUAUCCAAAACAACAUGAAAGUAUUUCUGUAGUUACUCCCAAAAACACAACCAUACAAACCACUAAAAAGGAUGUGUGGGAAAACAAAGGCAGAGUUUCCCUGUACCAUGAUACAAACAAUAAAAAUCUCAGGGUGGUCAUCAAACAACUUGAACCUGAGGACUUUGGGAACUACACCUGUAAAUUUACACGACGAGACUCAUCCAGUGACCAUAAAGUGAAACUGGAAGUUGAGAAAAAAAUGUGCCAGAGACAAUUUAAUCAAACUGCGUACAGAACAGCUAAAACCACCAUCACAUGUAAUUACACAGGAAACAAAUACAAGUUCUUCAGCAAAGAGAACGGUUCAAUCUGUGAGGAUAUUUUAUCAACAAAAUCCUCUCUGAAGUCAAACGGGACAUUCACUCUCACAGAAACCAACAGUAGCUUCAGCCUGUCCAUCAGUAACGUGUCCUCACAUGAUGCUGGUGUCUACCGGUGUGGAGUGGAAACACAUGAAGGAAGUUACAGAGCUGCUCUCAGAAAGAUACAGCUGAAGGUUGAAGAUAUUACUAACCUCACAAAGUCUCUAACUGUUGGACAGGAUCUUACAUACUGGUGUGAAUAUCCAAAUGGUGCUCUGAUAAACAAAUUCAUCUGUAAGGGAGAAGAUCCAUCUAUAUGUCAACCUCUAGUAAGCACACAGCAAAACAAGAAAACUGGGAGGUUUUCCAUCAAGGAGGACAAUAAGAAGAGAAAUGUCACCAUAACAGUGAGAGGAGUAACAACAGACGACACUGGGACGUACUGGUGUGGAGCAAAAAGCACUGACAAAACACGCAGCAACCCAUUCUUCCAUAAACUGGUGAUGACUGUAGGGCUGGGACAAAACGGUGAUGGCUUUUGGUAUAAUAAUUCUACAACUAUAACCAUUGCUGCGGUCAUCUGUGUAGCUGUGCUGGUGCUUGGGCUUAUUUUUGUUCUCAUCUGCAAACGAUUUAAGCGUUCAAAAAACACAAUAAAUGAGGAAGCACAGUACAACAAUGAGGAUCGUGCCUAUGAGGAGAUACAGGAGCUCCCCCAGAUGCCAGGUUCAGGAAGGGAACUUAAAUCUGUUUACGCCACUGCCAACUUUCCCACAAACCCAUCUUCUGCCUCGCAGCAUUACUACAACAUCAAUAUUCAUAGUUAGUGUGGUGACACAUCAUGCUGUGAGGGACAAUGACCAAUUUCCCAUCCAAUCGACUGUUAAUCACCCAACCAGCUCUUCCGAAGACACUUUUUAUUCUUUUUAUUGUGACAGUUAAUUGUAUAUUGAUGUAAUAUUUUUACAGGACUAAAUUUGAGGUUUAGUUGCAGAGUGUCAAUCAACUAACACCUCAAAAAGGAAUUAAUUUAAUCAUCACCUGAGCAAUAUUCACUGAAAUAAAGUUUAUCCAUGACAGAUUGCA